AUUAUAUUCCAUCCUUAAUACGGUAUCGUUUCUAGCUGGCUUGCUAUCGUUCGGUUUUUAGUUUGGGAUCAAACGAAGAUGGUGGGGAGGAUGGAAUCCGGUGAUACUAUCACAAUCGCAUGGAUCCAUUCUUUCCUCUACCUCUUCCUCAUCUUCGCUUCUCUUCAUCUUCUUCACACGCAUUUGAUCCUUCCCAAGCUCGACGUUGACCGCCACGAUGUCAGGAUUAAGAAGAUAGCGCCUCUUCCUCUGCGCUUCCGAUCGGAUGGAACUUUUAAAAUUCUCCAGGUGGCUGAUAUGCAUUUCGGGAAUGGAGAGUUGACUCGAUGCAGGGACGUUUUGGACAGUGAAUUCAAGCACUGCUCUGAUUCGAACACGUCUCGGUUCCUGGAGAGGAUGAUUCAGCUCGAAAACCCUGAUUUCGUCGCAUUUACUGGAGAUAAUAUAUUUGGGACAAGUGCUUCUGAUGCUGCUGAAUCUCUGUUUCAAGCUUUUAAUCCAGUUAUAAAAUCUGGAAUUCCCUGGGCAGCUGUGCUUGGAAACCACGACCAGGAAUCUACUAUGACUCGUGCAGAGCUGAUGUCUUUCCUCUCUCUUAUGGAUUUCUCUCUAUCACAGACCUUUCCGUCAGUUGAAGAUACUUUCAAUCCCAACAAAAAGACCCCAAUUCCCAAAAUCGAUGGCUUUGGAAAUUAUAAUCUUAAAGUGUGGGGUUCUCCAGGUUCAAGUUUUGCCAAUAGCACUAUUCUCAAUCUUUAUUUCCUUGACAGUGGUGACAGAGCUACCGUUAAUGGAGUUAGAACUUACAAUUGGAUUAAAGAAUCCCAGCUUAAUUGGCUUCGUCAAAUUUCUGAGAAAUCUCAGAUUUCGAAUUAAUAACAUGCUGCAGGCGACAUCCUAACAGGAACAAAAGCUACCUGUGGUUUCAUCAUAUUCAAGCACGUCCCCUUCAUUGGCAUUCUUCCACAUCCCAAUUCCAGAAAUUCGACAAGGUCCUCUCUACAACGUGGUUGGUCAUUAUGACGAAUAUAUAGCUUGUUCCAUCGUAAACUCAGGAGUUCUCGAGACCCUAGUUUCUAUGGGAGAUGUGAAGGCUGUGUUCAUUGGCCAUGAUCACAAAAACGACUUUUGUGGGUCUCUCGGAGGAGUAUGGUUUUGCUAUGGGGGAGGGUUCGGAUAUCAUGGUUAUGGCAAGGCUGGAUGGGCGAGACGAGGCAGAGUCAUAUUGGCUGAACUUGAGAAAGGAGAGCGGACAUGGGGUGGAGUCGAAAGGAUCAGGACAUGGAAACGGCUGGAUGAUGAGAUGAUGAGCAAGAUUGAUGAACAAAUUCUUUGGGAGAGAGAGUCAUAGUUAAGAACAUGCAAUGUUGAUUUUGUUAUUUGUAUCAACUGCUGCUUAGGCUGAUUUAAUUUCAGUAGCAGGACAAGGGAGUGAAUGAAAGGGGGUAGGUCUUUCAGAUAUAUUGCUUUCAAAUGAAAAUUGACUGAAUUUAGAUGGAUUCAUGGAAUGUAUCAUUCAUAAUUAUUGUUGUUCAUAACAAUAUAAUAUAUAUUAUGUAUCAUAAUUAUUUUUAUUCAA